CGGGGCCGCGGCUCCGCCCUCGGCGUGUCCCGGGCGCUGCGGGCUGAGCGCGGUGCUGGCCCUGCCCUGCCCCUGCUCGGCGCCCCGGCCCGGCCUCACGCUGCGAGGGAGCCGCGCACCGGCGGCGGUUUUUGUGGCAUUUUAUCUGGACAGGAGGGGAAAGCAGACAGAUGCAUGUGAGUGCCCCAUGGCUGCAGCUGCCUCAGUUCACUCAUUUAUUGCCUACUGCAACUUGGAAGAAUUCUUUAGGUCGGUUCAUCUUCUGGGACCCGUCCCUGCCUUCUGGUUAAGGAAUCCAUGCGCACAUACAGGAUGACUCAACAGUGGGAUGGAUGUUCAGAUACCAGAAAGGUGCUGGUAACUUGACAGGAACCUCCACAUUCUUUGGAGAGACCUGUUGUACGUGAGACCUUUCAGAAACCUGUGUAGUUUGAAUACCUUGAAUUGUUACAUUCUGAAACUUCCACCAUGAAGAGAGCUGGGCAGAAGGUGGUGGCUGGAACUGAAGCUCCUGGAACAUCACAGACAAGCAAAAAACAGAAAACUAGUUUAUAUGGCUCAGGGUUUGGGGAAUCUGAUCCCUGCACCUCAAUGGACUGGGGCAGCCUUCCACACCACGUGAUCCUGCGUGUUUUUCAGUUCCUGACUUUAGUGGAUAGAGCCAGGGCAUCUUCUGUUUGUCGAAGGUGGAAUGAAGUUUUUCACAUCCCAGAUCUCUGGAGGAGGUUUGAAUUUGAACUUAGCCAGCCAGCCACUUCUUAUUUAAAGUCCACACAUCCAGAUCUCAUUCAGCAGAUUAUCAAGAGGCACGCUGACCAUCUGCAGUACGUCAGCUUCAAGGUUGAUAGUAGUACUGAGUCAGCAGAAGCAGCCUGUGACAUCCUUUCUCAGUUGGUGAACUGUUCUAUCAAGACACUAGGUUUGAUCUCUACAGCAAAACCAAGCUUCAUGAAUGUCUCUAAGGCUCAUUUUGCAUCAGCACUGACAGUAGUUUUUGUGAACUCCAAGUCGUUAUCAUCAAUCAAGAUAGAUGACACACCCCUUGAUGAUCCUUCCUUGAAGGUUCUUGUUGCUAACAACAGUGAUACUCUAAAACUACUAAAAAUGAGCAGCUGUCCUCAUGUUUCACCUGCUGGCAUUCUUUGUGUGGCUGAUCAGUGCCAUGGACUUAAGGAGCUGGCUUUGAACUAUUACAUAUUAAGUGAUGAACUGCUGCUGGCUCUUUCCAGUGAAAAACACGUUGAUCUCGAGCACCUUCGCAUUGACGUCGUGAGUGAAAAUCCCGGACAAGUUCAAUUUCACACCAUUAAAAAGCAGAGCUGGGAUGCUCUUGUUAAACACUCCCCCAAAGUCAACAUUGUCAUGUAUUUCUUCUUGUAUGAAGAUGAAUUUGAUGCUUUCUUCAGAGAGGAAACACCUGUCACACACCUGUACUUCGGUCGUGCAGUCAGCAAGGCCAUGCUGGGCCGCAUUGGCAUGAACUGCCCCAGGCUGAUCGAGCUGGUCGUGUGCGCCAAUGGACUUCAGCCAUUGGAUGAUGAACUGAUCCAGAUCGCUGAGCGCUGUAAGAACCUGACGGCCAUGGGGCUGGGCGAGUGUGAAGUCACCUGCAGAGGUUUUAUUGAAUUUGUGAAGAUGUGUGGGGGCAGGCUUACUCAGCUUUCCAUAAUGGAGGAGGUGCUGAUUCCAGAUAGUGAUUACAGCCUAGAUCGGCUUCAUCUGGAAGUCUCCAAACACCUUGGAAGGAUGUGGUUUCCUGAUAUGAUGCCAACGUGGUAAAUUCUCUGUGUGGAUAAAAUGGUGGGAUCGGGGUGCUGCUUUCUAUGCAAAUAAAAAAUUUAAAAAUCAAAUGUGAAAA